AUGCACGACAAAUAUGAGGAAAAGCCCGACACCGUGGGCAAAGAGUUCAGCGAUGAAUUCACGCCCGAGGAGCGUGAGCACGAGAUCGAGGCACGCGAUCAACAGGCCCAGCAGUAUCUCGGCAGCGAAUCACUGUAUGACCGGAUAGCGUUCGCACAAAUACCAGUGUACAUGAAGAGUCCUCGCAUGCUAGUCCUUACGCUGGGUGUCUUCGCCGCCUUUAGCGGCAUGCUGAGUGGUUUGGACCAGUCGGUUAUUUCCGGCGCGCUGCCUGGCAUCCGCAAGCACUUCAUCGCCUCAGGCGAUUGGACGAGCCUCGAGGACCCGAAACUGGCAACCGACAUUUCGCUGAUUUCCUCGCUGAUGCCGCUAGGCGCUAUGGCCGGCGCGGUCAUGAUGACGCCGCUGAAUUACUAUUUUGGACGCCGUAACUCGAUUAUCAUCUCGUGUUUGUGGUACACACUGGGAGGAGGACUUUGUGCCGGCUGCCGCAGCGUUGGAAUGCUGUUUGCGGGCCGAUUCAUUCUGGGCAUCGGUAUCGGAAUUGAAGGCGGCUGUGUCGGCAUCUACAUCUCCGAGUGUGUGCCACCUGAGGUGCGUGGCAACCUGGUGUCUGUGUACCAGCUGAUGAUCGCCUUCGGAGAGAUCAUUGGAUACGCGGCCGGAGGUGUGUUCUUCGACGUGCGGUCAGGCAGCUGGCGCUGGAUGCUGGGUUCGUCUCUCUUGUUUUCGACAAUCCUCUUGGUCGGAAUGUGCUUCCUGCCUGAAUCACCGCGUUGGCUGGUAUCCAAGAACAAGACUGGCCGUGCGUGGCAGGUGUGGAAGUCGCUGCACGAUAUGGCCGACCCCAAAAGCUUGGACGAGUUCAUUGCGAUGGAAAUCACAGUCAAGCAUGAUGUCGACGCGACCACCAGCGAGGCAUGGUACAAUAGAUACAUGCAAGUGUGCACGCAGCCGCGCAACAGACGGGCGCUUGUCUAUGCCACGGCAAUGAUCUUCUUCGGACAGAUGACGGGUAUCAAUGCAGUGAUGUACAACAUGUCAAACUUGAUGGCCAAGAUGAAUUUCAGUGACCGCGAGUCAGUGCUGAUGUCGAUGGUCGGCGGAGGUGCGCUGUUCUUUGGAACGGUUCCUGCCGUGUUCACCAUGGACAGAUUCGGACGACGCGUGUGGGCACAAAACAUCCUCAUGUUCAUCGUCGGCCUGGUGCUGGUGGGUGUCGGCUACCUCUACACAAAUAACGGCGUCGAUUACUUCAAUGAGCACAGAGCAACUGCCUUGGGCUUGUUCUUCUCCGGCCUCGUGAUAUACAUGGGCUUCUUCGGAGCGUAUUCGUGUCUGACCUGGGUCGUCCCAGCGGAGAGCUUUGAUUUCAACACCCGUAGUCAGGGCAUGGCAAUCUGCUCGACAUUCCUUUACCUAUGGUCUUUCAUCGUGACAUACAACUUCGAGGGAAUGCAGGAGGCGAUGACUUACACCGGCCUGACGAUUGGUUUCUUCGGUGGGUUGGCCGCGUUAGGCUUCUUCUACCAGUUGUUCUUCAUGCCCGAGACCAAGGACAAGACGCUGGAGGAGAUCGACGAGUUGUUCUUGAUGCCGACGAGCAAGCUGGUUGCGCUGAACACGAGCAAUCUGGUCAAGCGCUUCCGGUCGCGACAGCCGGAGCCGGUCGACACCCUCAAUGCCUGA